GCGAUACGAGUAGCUCUGAUAAUUUAUUAUUAAUUAACUCGGCAACAUUCAAGCAUACAAUAAUUGUUACAUAACCUCCAAAGUCAAUCGUAGUUUGUGUUUUAAACGCGUCAAAAUGCAUUAUGUGGUGUUUCCCGCCGUGUUAUUAUUAACUUUUUCGUUAAAUUUAUCAUCGGGUGCGUUCCCCAACGUCUACGGCCCCAUCAAACAACAGCCAAGUGAAAACCCGGGGUUGCCCCUAAUCCUAACCCCACUUAUCGAACAGGGGCGGAUUAAAGACGCUUUAACCGCAUCGCGCGUUUACUUCAACGGUUUCAAAACCAUCGAAAGUUACUCCGGGUACUUCACCGUGAACAAAGCGUACAAUUCGAACUUAUUUUUCUGGUUUUUCCCCUCACAAACCGACUAUGCAAACGCACCGGUCGUUUUGUGGCUACAAGGGGGCCCCGGGGCCACCUCCCUUAUCGGGUUAUUCGCCGAGAACGGCCCCUUUGCCGUUAUGAGGCAACAUGGGCUCAAAUUGCGCAAGUAUUCCUGGGUUAAGACACAUUCGGUCAUUUAUAUCGACAAUCCUGCUGGGACCGGUUACAGUUUUACCAACAAUGGGUUCUGCCAAAAUGAGACACAAGUGGGGCUUGAUUUGUACAAUGCGCUUCAACAGUUCUUCCUGUUAUUCCCCGCGUUGCAAAAAAAUGAUUUUUUCGUUUCGGGGGAGUCCUAUGGGGGGAAGUACACCCCAGCGAUUGCGUAUACUAUUCAUACGAAGAACCCCACAGCUAAAUUGAAGAUUAAUUUGAAGGGGGUUAGUAUCGGGAACGGGUUAACUGACCCAGUUCAUCAGCUUGAUUAUGCCGAUUAUUUGUACCAAAUUGGUUUGAUUGACUCAAACGUGCGAAGUACUGUGAAGCAGUACCAAGACCAAGGGAUUAAAUACAUCCAGAGUAAAGACUGGGUCAAGGCGUUUCAACUGUUUGAUAAUCUCCUCAACGGCGAUUUGAACAACCACACUUCCCUCUUCAAGAACGUGACAGGUUUCGACAAUUAUUUCAACUUCUUGUACCCCAUUGAUCCGUCUAAUGAACUGAUUUAUAUGGGAGAGUACAUUCAGAGAGAUGAUGUGAGGGCGGCAAUUCAUGUGGGGAAUGCAACGUUUCAUGGGGAAAGUCAGGAGGUUGAGCUGAAUCUAAUGACGGAUGUUAUGCAGUCGGUUGCCCCCUGGGUUGCAGAAUUGCUGAGUCAUUAUAGAGUGUUGAUUUACAACGGACAGUUGGAUAUAAUUGUGGCGUAUCCUCUUACAGUUAACUAUUUGCAAAAUUUGAAUUUCUCCGCUGCUGAUGAGUAUAAAAAAGCGCAAAGGUACAAAUGGUACGUUGAUGAGGAUUUAGCUGGGUAUGUGAAACAAGCCGGGAAUUUGACGGAGGUUUUGGUGCGGAAUGCUGGGCAUAUGGUACCAGCGGAUCAACCCAAAUGGGCGUUUGAUUUGAUUUCAAGAUUUACUCGUAAUAAACCGUUUCACUUGUAAUCUGUGUUUAUAAUAUUAUGUAAUACCUACUUUGAUAUUUCUUAUGUGUAUACCCAAGAACUUUUUUGUCUCUGAAAUAAACAUAUAAUCUUU